UUGCCUACCCCUGGUCUAGAAAAUGCUCUUCUCGUUCAAGCGCCCGCGAGGAAGUGGGAGAGUGGCGGGGGCAGGACUACCUGCGCAAAUUCGUUCUCCGCCCAUCUGAAUCUUUGUAUGAACGCACGCAAGCAGUUGCCUGAACGAAAAUCACGUGUUUGAAGUUGGUGCCUGAUUUUUUUUUAAAUAAACCAAACCAAGAUGGCCAACCAUCUUGUUUAGCAGGGGUGCUUUUCGAAGGCGGCUGCGUCCCACAGUUACAGAAGCACCGGGCCGAAGAGUAGCCUUUUCGUCCAUCUACUGUCUUCGCCUCCCGCCUGUUCCCGAGACUGCUCGUCAAGAUGGCAGAUCUGAACCGACAACUGCAAGAAUAUUUAGCUCAGUCCAAGGGCGGCGGCAGUGGCUCGACGGUUUUGUCAGUUCCUCAGACACCUCCUCAGGACGAGGCAGAAGAAACUGGCUCGGGGUUGGGCGUCUGGCUGCGGCACAUGAACCCUUUCCCCGCGACCGGAAUGUGGUCGUCGGCGGCCGACCCGGAGCCGGAUCCGUGGCUACCGACAAGGGUGUCCCGUUGGCAGAGACUGGUGGGAAGUGCCCUGUGUCUGCUGCUGGCUGCAUUGUGUUUCGGCCUGGCCGCGCUUUAUGGCUCGCUCCUGCUGCUCCGGAAGUUUGCACUGCUCUGGUCCUUGGGCUCGGCCUUUGCGUUGGGAGCCGCUGGUUUCUUGCAGGGCCCGAGUCGCUUACUGGGCGAUCCUGACCGGCGCGGCCUGACCAUCCUGUAUUUGGGCUCCGUGGGCGGAACUCUAUACGCUGCUCUCGGGCUCCGAAGUACGCUGCUCACGGUGCUGGGAGCUGUGGUCCAGCUGGGAGCCGGAGCCGCCUACUUGUUUUCCUCCUUACCUGGCGGUACUGCCGGGUUGCGCUAUGUCAGCAGCUUCCUGAGUAGCUUCGUGCGACGAAGUGUUUCUAAAGCUCUUCCAGUGUGAGUUAACCUGUCGUUGGAAGUCCAACUCCCAGGCUUGAGAAGACUGCUCCCGGAGGAGGCACCCCGGGCCGCUUUUCAAAGUAACGCGCAGAGCAGGAUAUGCAGGCUGAAUCCCAGGAGUCCUUGAAUAGAAAGUUUCUACAGCGUCUACUUUGUGAAUCCCAGGAGACAAAAGACAAGGAGAUAAUUCAGUUGCCUCACCGUUGCUGUUUGACUCCUGAGAAGUACUAAUAAAAUAAAAGAUGUGACUUAAAACUGAACUGCCUACACUGGCAGUAGAAGGAGCCGAAGGUUUUGUAGAGUAUGUGUGCUCCUCCAGCCAUUGCACAAACGUGUCCCAUUAACCAUUUUUAAAAUUUACAGUCUCACGAUUUCUCUUACUCUCAGGCUAUAGGAGAGGCAGUUUAACAUUUCCUUUACUUAUUCGUUAUUGAAGUGUUUGCCCUCUUCUGACACAAUUUUGGGGUGGAUGUGAUUAGGAUGCUUUGUCAAUAAUUUAAUGAUGGUGCUAUUAGCCUUCCGACUGCUGUGAUUACCACUUCUCCAUUCCAGUCAGUGAUACUGCCCUUUUGGCCAUUUUGUCCGGGACAGCAUAACAGACUUGGGUUAGAUGAGGUUAGGUAUAUAAUUUGUUGGAGAUGUGUUCUUUUAGAAUAUUAUCUGUAUGGUGAAAUUAGCAUGUAAAGCCAUACGCAUGAAGAGGUUUUCUGUAUAUGUUCUGGAAUCUCAUUUCUCAAAAGAGUUUUGCCUUGUUGAUCAUUCCCAUCCCCUUUACUUUAUGGUACUCUUCUGCAUUCCAACAAUGCUUUUGCACCUGUAAUGUAUUUCUGAACAGCUUGAAGAAAAAAAAAGUCACUAGUGUCAACUGUCUCUCUCCCUCAUGCUGUCUCUCGCUUUACCUUGCUAUAUUUCUUGUUUCAUGUAGUUCUCCCUCCCUCUUCACAUCUUUCAAGAGUGCUAGAAUGAUAGUCAGAGGUUACUGAUGGACUAGUCAGAGGUACAAAGUAUCUUGGUGCCUGUGACCUAUCUUUUGGGGAACUUGAAAGAUACACCAAACCUUUGUUCCAGGCAUAUUGUCUGCAUGUGGGAGAGGGUUGCCCAAUUAAACAGGAGAGCUUUCCUACCGAGCAGCCUCUGAACUCUUUAAAUCCCGCUGCCAGUGCAACAUCAGCAGGAGAGGGCUGCCCUGUAGAAGACUUUACUCUCUUGCUUUCCUACCAGCCCCCUCCUAGGUUUCAACUAGGUCUGGAUCUGAUUAUCUGAAAAAUUUGCCCCAAAUCCAAAUUAGAGCAAGUGAUUGUUUUUUUUCCUGAGGGACAAUCAGCAAGGGAAAUGGACCUAGAGGAAUCUAUGAAUUAUUUUGCUUUAAUUGUCCCGCAUUAAAAGUGUAAGAACAACCCAGUUUGCCUUGUUACUACAUCUACAAACUACAUAAAUUCAGAGUUGGUGUCACAAUUUUGCAGUGCAAAGUACAUUCUUUAUAUUGUAGCCCGUAAAGCAUACCUCUUAUGUGUUGUAUUCUCUAAAGUCAAAAGCAUUAAAUCUAGGGAAGUAUGUUUAACAUUCAAACUCAAAUGCUUAAUAAACUAGCAUUCUAGAAAAUAAUUUCUAACAAGUUAAAUACAUGCAAUAACUGUCCAAAUGUCUAUUAUUGAAUAAGAAAAGUCUUAUGUCAUAGAUUUUUUAUUAAUGAAAGGAACAACUUGUAAGCAAAUGCUUAUAUUUAAGCCCCCCAGAAAUCUACAGAGCUCCACCCUAGACAACUUAUUCAAAAACAAAUUUUGCUAAAUCUAGUAGUACUUCCACAGUCGUGCAUUAAGAAGGGAUCAAGUAGUGAGUUACAGAUUAAUAAAAUGAUAAUUUUUAAUUUAAA